CUUCGCUCCGUUUGGUGGUCCGGUUGGGAAGAGUAUCGACGUUCUCGCUCUGAAAGACUACUUCCCGAAGGAUUUCUGCAAGGAACAUGAAGACAUUGGCUUCACCAUCGACGCGCAGGACAUCCGAGCCGAACUCUAUCAGAAGGAAUUGAGUGCCAAGCAGGAUGAGCGGAAGCCGUACAAGCUGAGCUGCACACCAAAAGACGACUCGUCAGGUGACUGGCGCGUGACUGUCCCAGG